AUGCCCAGCUCAGUUCGCUCAAGGGGUAAGAAAAACGACAUGUCUGGGAGGCAUGGCUUAGAGCGAACGUCCUCUUCGGGGUCGACUCGUCAGGGCAGUGCAUGCAGUCGAAGGAAGAACAUUGGAGUCAACGACCUCUACUUUUACGUCGAGCUUUGUCACUCGCAUGGCCGAGAGGUCGGUCAAGCAUGGCUGUCGCAAGCAACGGGAGUCAAGGUGAGCGAUGAGGACACAGCAAAAGAACCUGGGAUUGAGGAGCUGCAGUACAUCACCUGUGAAGGGUUCAGCGAUACAAAUGUCUUCGAAUACCUUGUUUCACUGCUAAAGCACCUGUGGGUUUUGUUUCUUGCAAUGCUUGCUUGGCGGCCAACCCGUUCAGCCAGUGAGUGUUCACCCGAGUCGAAGCAGAAGAAGAAGAAGAAGAAGAAUUUACACUCUGUGAUGAGGAGUAUCAAGGAAGAAGAGCUUGCUGGUGCGACGGCUCCACCACAGUCGGCGCUGAGCUAA